AUGGCGGCCGCAGAGAGCCCCUCCGCUGCCCUCCGGCGCCGCGACCUCUGCAGCCGCGGCAUCCGCCUGGCCGGCAAGAUGCGCGCGGAUGUCGUUGACCUCCUGGACGCCUACGUGGAGCAGCAGGGCUUGGACGCCUCGGCCAGCGUGGCGGCGAUGGAGGGGGUGCCGCUGGCGGCGGUGGAGCGCUGGGACGAGCAGACGGGCACCCAGCGGCUGCUGGAGAACCUGGCGGCCUACCGGGCCUUCCGCGCCCUGCUGGCCCAGAUGCUGGAGGAGCAGCGGGAGCAGCUGGGCGAGGCCGACGCGGGCCUGGGCCGGGCACUGGCGGCCGUCCUGCUCCAGGUGUCGGCCUUCGCCUACCACCUCGAGGAGCUGCUGCGGCUGGAGAGCCGCGGGAUCCCCGGCGAGGAGGGGGACGGGCCGCCGCCCCCGCCGCGCCUCAGCCUCUUCGAGCAGAAGCUGCGGGGCCUGGGCGUGCUGCGGGAGCUCGCCCAGUGGGCCGUGAGGUCCGUGCGGGACCUGCGGCAGCUCGGCAAGCCCAGCUCAGCCGCCGGCACAGCCCCCGGCCUGGCCGAGAGCCCCUGA